CGCGGGAACGCUUACGCAUAGUCUGGACGCGCCAGAAAUAGCAGAGUGGGGAGGGGAGUGACAGCGGGAACACAACACGUUCGAGCUAUGUGGACUCACACGUGUGUAUUUCUCCUGUACAUCAUCUGUAUAGUCGCGGAGGAUGACUUGCAAAUCGGCGUGGUGUGCACUGAACCGGAGCGUGGGGCGCGGCUGGCGGCGGCCGUUGAUGCGGCGCUCGGCUGCGAAGAGCCCUGCGCGGUACUGCUGCAGGCUGAACCGCUAGAGCCGCUCGCUCUGCCGCAAGCUGUCUGCGAUCAGGGUGGAGGACUAAGUGCGCUGGUGGGUGACGUGGCAGCACUUCCUGCCGCGGUGCGCGCAGGACUGCCUCUGCUGCUGCCGUCCUCCGCGCCCUCUAAUGACGCCGUCUUUGCCUUACAACUGCUGCCGGAUCCUGACCUUAUUGCUCAGGCGUGCGCAGAGGUGUGUCUGGCCAAGGGAUGGAGCAGCGCGGUACUAUUGCACGAAGGGGGUGCGGGGGGCGCAGCGCGGUUGGCCAGCGCCGGCGUAGACAUCAUACCUCACCAACUGCCGCCGCCCGAAGACGACGCUUUGCUUAGGAAUCUAUUGCUGGUAUUAAAGAAGUUUGGUGCUAUCAACUUCAUAAUCUGGUGCGAGGCGGAGUGCGCGGCGCGCGUGCUGGACGCGGCGCAGCGCGCGGGGCUGCUGGGAGCGCGCCACUCUUACUUGUUGCUCGCGUUAGACUUCCACACACUGGACCUCGCUAGCUACAGCCACAGUGGCGCCAACAUCACCAGUAUACACUUAUUCGAUCCGGAGUCUGAGCGCGUGACGGAGCUGAUGUCGCAGUGGCAACGAGCGUACUCGCGGCGGCUGCAGGAAGCCGCUGGUACCGAGCCGAGCGCGGCCGCCAGCGAGCUGGUGCUGGCACACGACGCCGCGCGGGCUGCCGCCGCCGCGCUGAAGUACUUGCAGCUUCCAGCCAUCGCAGGAGCCUCCUGCACCGGCUGCGCUGCCUUCCAUGCCGAUACCCUGCUUAAUUACAUACGAUCGGAGGAGUGGGGAGGUGUGGGGGGUGCGCUGCGGUGGGGUCUGGGGGGUGCGCGGCGUGCGGCGGCGCUGUCCGUGCACGAGCUGCAGCGCGGCGGGCGCCCGCAGGCUGUGGCGCGCUGGGCUCCCCGCACCGGCCUCGCCUGGCAGCGCCGCACCGCGCCCGCACCCGACCUCCCCUCUGACAUCAUGACCAACCGCACAUUCAACAUACUCAUCGCACUGAAUGAUCCGUACGUAAUGAUCCAGCAGUCGACAGAGCGGCUCUCCGGCAACAACCGGUACGAAGGCUACUGUAUCGAGCUGAUAGAGAAACUGGCCAAGAUCUUGAACUUCAAUUACACAUUCAUAGAGCAGGAGAACGGUGUGUACGGCAGCUACACUCCCGGGCGCGGCUGGAACGGCAUGAUGCGGCGCCUCAUGGACGACCCUGACAUCCAUUUUGCGAUCACGGACCUGACGAUCACAGCGGACAGGGAGCGCGCCGUGGACUUCACCACACCCUUCAUGAACCUCGGCAUCAGCAUCUUGUUCCGCAAACCCAAGCCACCCGGACCCGCCUUCUUCGCCUUCCUUCUGCCCUUCUCCAGCGGGGUAUGGGUAUGCUUAGGGUUCGCAUACCUGGGCACCUCUCUCGUGCUGUACGUGGUGGGGCGGCUUUGCCCCGAGGAGUGGCAGAACCCCUACCCCUGCAUCGAGGACCCCCCCGCCCUCGAGAACCAGUUCACGCUCGCCAACGCGCUCUGGUUUAAUCUCGGAGCUGUUUUACUUCAGGGUUCCGAAAUCGCACCCGUUGCGUACGGUACGCGUGCGGUGGCGAGCGCUUGGUGGUUGUUCGCGUUGGUGAUCACCAGCUCGUACACCGCCAACCUGGCCACUCUGCUGGCCAAGAAGACGCCCACCGACCUCAUACACAACGUGCAGGAACUCGCAGACAAUCCAUACGGCAUUAAAUUCGGUGCUAAAGCUGGCGGAUCCACAUACACCUUCUUUGAGAUCUCACAGAACGCUCUCUACCAGCGGAUGUACCAAAAGAUGAAGGACGAGAAGCAACCAGAGUCAAAUGUCGCCGGCAUAGAGAAAGUGAGGAACGAGAAUUACGCUUUCUUCAUGGAGUCAACGUCCAUAGAGUACAAUAUAGAGCGACAGUGUGACAUCACUAUGGUUGGUGAACCUCUCGACAGUAAGGGAUAUGGCAUCGCUAUGAAGAAAAACUCCGAGUAUCGUCAGGCGAUGAACCUGGCGCUACUGAACCUGCAGGAGGCGGGGGAGCUGCGUGAGAUGAAGCAGCGCUGGUGGCAGGAGAUGCACGGCGGCGGCGCCUGCAAGGAAGAAGAGGAGCACGGUGGUGAAGAACUGGAUAUGAACAGUUUCCUCGGUCUAUUUGUGGUACUUGUGGUGGGAUGUGCCCUGGGCGUGGUUGUCUCCUUCUGUGACCUGGCGUGGUCGGCGGCCAGACAUCCCAGGGACCCGACAGAAUCCUACAGACGUCGUCUGUGGACUGAAAUCCGUUUCGUGUUCAGUCUGGAACGUUCCGAGAAGCCGCUGUACGGUCCGCUGUUACCGCCCACACCGGAGUCUCCUGCUCGGUCAGGGUCGGGAGGUCUCGCUGAACUGGUCGACUCUGCUUCCCGGGACGGAUCUCGUGAGGGGUCGGCGAUGUCCGGGGGUUCGCUGGCCGAGGAGAUCGGCUCUCGUGAACAAUCUCCGAGGCUAAGACCCCGCACCAGUGCGAGACGGUCUUCGAUGCAUGCGGCCAGUUUGCGUCUGGCUAGACAUACUACACCCAGACCUUAGACAUUAGCAGUUAGACAUUUUAAAACUAUAUCAGUUAUUUAAAAAAAAACUCAUCAUUAUGUAACAGCAAGUUUUACAAUCUA